ACAAGGCCGGUUUAGCCUGUAGCAGCAGCUGUGCCGGUCCCGCCGCGGCGGCCGAAAGGGAAGACGAGCGCAACAAAUCCCCUCCCAAAAAAGGCAGAGAGGAGAGGGGGGCGACGGGCGAAGCGACGACCCGCGGACUGGACUGGAGGAGGCGGAGGCCUCCAAGCGGGAAGAAGCCGAGCCGACGAGACGGUCCGCCAUGUCCGCGUCCUCCUCCCCUCCCGCUCCCGCUCCCCGCGCCGCCGACGCGGCGGUCCCGCUGUUCUACUGCUACGAGUGCGAGUCCACCGUGUCGCUGCCGCCGCCGCCGCCGCAGCCGUCGCGGCGGCUCGUCUGCCCGCGCUGCCGCAGCGACUUCCUCGAGGAGAACCCUAACCCUCCGGAGGUGUCGUCCCCUCCCCCGCCGCCUCCCCCUCCGCCGGGGUUCCUCUCCGACUCCUCCGACGACGACGAGGAGGACGGCGGCGACCUGGACCUCGGGGUGGGGCUCGACCCCGCCGCCACGCGCGAGUACCUCGCCCGCCUCCUCCAACGCCACCUCUACGACGAGCCCGUCGACGUCGCGUCCGCCGCGGCCGCCGCGGUUUCCAUGCUGCAGCAGAGCGGCGGCGGCGGCGGCGGCGGCGAGAACGCCCCGGCGCCCGCCGCGUCCAUCGCCGCGCUGCCGACGGUCGAGGUGUCCGAGCACGCCGCGGCGUGCGCCAUAUGCAAGGACGACCUCCCCCUCGCCGCCGCCGCGCGGAGGCUCCCCUGCGGCCACCUCUACCACUCGGACUGCAUCGUGCAGUGGCUCGAGAUGCGCAACUCGUGCCCCGUCUGCCGCUCCCGUCUCCCGUCCGCCGACCUCCAGCAGGCGGCGCCCUCUGACCAGGACCCGCCGCCCAUGCGGAUCACGAUCAGGCUCUCUACCAACCGUCGCCGCGUCCGCACCAACAAUGAUGCGGUUCCCCCGGUUGCGGCGUCGCCUACCCAGCUCGCGCAAGCGGUGACUGGGGAAGGAGGUGGGGGGCCUGCGAAUAGCACGGAGACUGUAUCGUCUGAGUGGCCACCGCCCUCUGAAUCCGAUGCCGUCAUGUCAGAUGUCCGCGAGGGCCAGAGAUUCUUCGAUUGAACCAGAGCUUAGAGAUGCAGGUGAUAAGGUACCUGCUGUUAGCUGUCAGCCAAGAAGUGUAGAAAGAAGAACAACAUAUGCCUAGUUCUUUCAGGUUUCUGCUUUUGCCUGAGCGAGUUGCCUCAGCAAAAGCACCUUUUCUCGCUGGAUAAAAGCUUCUUGAUAGAUGGUUGAAUUAAGUUGUCCUAUGCAGAGACGAAGGGCAUCGUUGCAUUGCUUCUCAAUACCUUGUACAUUGGUCGAACUUGUUUCUUUUAGCAAUAAAAUAUGUAUACAUGGUUGUGUUUGUACUUUACCCGUUAUAGUUACUCUUCAACUUCACCCAUAUUGGCAGGAUAUAGAUGGGAAACCUACUGGAGUCUCCAGUGCACUCUCCUGUGUCAAUUGUCUGAAUGCAUAGUGGGCUGAGUCUAGCUAACAAAGAUCUCACUGAUUCUAUAGUUUGACUGAAGCUCUGAGUACAUCUCAUCGGAUUAAACCCAGAAUCCCCAACAGACCAUGGUACUGCGUCCAAAAUCACCAAGGAAUCAGCCAUAUUGUCGAUUGUUAUUAUCUUCUCCUGUGGCUUGUCAAAAUGGCCAAGAGAACAGUAGUGAGGUGCUUAGGGGAAGGGGGUACAUGGUAAUUCCUUAUCAAAAGGUAGUGAUGAAGAUGAUGUCUUGUGCAUUUUGCUGUACUGGUAAAUGUAAUAUGGCUGCUUAGUUGUGAUCUGUGAAGCAGUUUCAGCCCGCUACUACACCGGAAUUAUACUUUCAGAAAUUUGCUCUCCAUGACGAGCUACCAGUUGGCCUUCAAGCAG